AUGGAGCAAAAUAAAGAUCCGCAGAUGAUAUCAAAACAUAGCUCGAGACUACCUAUAUGGGUGCUAAGUCCCCGCGAAGAGCAGCAGGCCCGUAAGAACUUGAAGACAGCAACGUAUGGAAAAUGUGCAAGUUUUGUACAGGCCAUGGCGAAUUGUGCUAAGGCAAAUGGGAUGAAGGUUUUUCCCACUUGCGACAAGCAACGAGAUGAAAUGAAGUCGUGUCUCUUAUUUUACCAAACAGACGCAAAAUAUUUAGAUGAUGAAAGGGACAAGAUUGUUUUAGAGAAGAUCAGCAAGCUUGAAGAAUUAUACCAAAAACAAAAUUCUACGAAGUGA